GGAAUUAAUUUGGUCCUCCUGAAUAAUCGUGACGCAUGGUGGGAAUUUCUGCCUCUUUUCAGUAUCGUACUGAGAAGCCCUCCAUCAUGCCCGACUCACCUGCCGAUGUGAAAGCACAGCCCAGGUUAACUCCGCCCACGAUGCCUCCACCCCCCAGCACACAGGGAGCCCCCAGAACCAGCUCCUUCACACCCACCACAUUAACAAACGGCACCAGCCACUCGCCUACAGCACUAAACGGCGCUCCAUCACCCCCGAAUGGCUUUAGUAAUGGCCCUUCGUCAUCCUCCUCCUCUUCUCUGGCCAAUCAGCAGCUCCCUCCAGCAUGUGGCGCACGACAGCUUAGCAAGUUGAAACGUUUCCUCACCACGCUGCAGCAGUUCGGCAACGACAUCUCACCUGAAAUUGGCGACAGAGUUCGCACACUGGUUCUGGGCCUUGUGAACUCGACGUUAACCAUAGAAGAAUUCCACUCCAAGCUGCAAGAAGCAACCAACUUCCCUCUCCGACCUUUUGUCAUCCCGUUUCUGAAGGCCAACCUGCCGCUACUACAACGGGAGCUUCUUCACUGUGCACGCCUGGCCAAGCAGAACCCAGCGCAGUACCUGGCACAGCAUGAGCAGCUGCUACUCGACACCAGCAUCACAUCCCCUGUUGACUCGUCUGACCUGCUGCUGGACGUCAACGAGAACGGGAAGAGGAGGACGCCAGACAGAACCAAAGAGAAUGGCUUUGAGAGGGAACCACCGCACCCGGAACACCCAAGCAAACGGCCGUGCACUAUCAGUCCCGGGCAGCGCUUCAGCCCCAACAACGGGCUCUCGUACCAGCCCAACGGACUUCCUCAUCCCACUCCGCCGCCACCGGGACACUAUCGACUCGACGACAUGGCCAUCGGGCACCAUUACAGAGACUCGUACCGGCAUGGAAACCCCCGGGAGAUCCGCGAGCGUCCACGGCCCAUCGGGAUGCAUGGAGGAACCCGUCAGGAGGAGGUCAUCGAUCACAGACUUACAGAGCGGGAAUGGGCCGAGGAGUGGAAGCACCUUGACCAUCUCCUGAACUGUAUCAUGGAUAUGGUGGAGAAGACACGCCGCUCACUCACCGUGCUCAGGCGGUGUCAGGAGGCCGACCGCGAGGAACUCAAUUAUUGGAUCCGGCGCUACAGUGAUGCAGAGGACCUGAAGAAGAGCAGCAGCAGCCAGUCCAGACAGCAGAGUCCAGCCAGCCAGGACAGCAAUCCUGCAGAGAUCCAUCGGGAGGUGCUUCACAGACCUGUGUCUGGUUAUGUACCCGAAGAGGUCUGGAAAAAAGCAGAAGAGGCUGUAAACGAGGUGAAAAGACAGGCCAUGUCUGAGCUGCAGAAGGCCGUAGCUGAAGCUGAACGCAAGGCUCAUGAGAUGAUCAGUACCGAACGUGCCAAGAUGGAGCGCACAGUGACCGAGGCUAAGAGGCAAGCAGCAGAGGACGCGCUGUCUGUUAUCAACCAGCAAGAGGACUCGAGUGAGAGCUGCUGGAACUGUGGGCGCAAAGCGAGCGAGACAUGCAGCGGGUGCAACACGGCGCGCUACUGUGGCUCCUUCUGCCAGCACAAGGACUGGGAGAAGCACCACCACGUGUGCGGCCAGACACUCCAAGCCCAGCAGCAGGGCGAGACAGCCAGCACCGGCAGCUCCUCCGGCACUCCCAGCAGUGGCACCGGGAGCCCUGCUGACACCCCCUCGGCUACCGCUACACCCCGGUCGGGAACGCCUGGCACCCCUUCGGCGUUAGAGCCCGCGCCACGCUAGAGCCGUUACAGCGCAAUCGGGACUGUCGUGUAGGCUGUGCUUUGUCAAACUUGCUAAUGCUAACAUGCUAACCAAGAAAGACUAACCGGUUUCAGAGCGAUCGCCCACCGGAGGUCCAUUUCGGGUCAUAUUGACUUGCUGUGAUAAAGAAGACAAAGAUAUUCUUUGGUUGAAAUUCUUGCCCUGUUUCAUUCUCCUGUACUAUCGUUGUGUUAAAUGUUUUUUUUUUUUUUUGCUCUUGUAAAUAUUGAAAAGACUGAACAGUGGAGACCUCUGACCUCUGGAUGAGCACAUUUAUCUUUAUUUGUUUGUUCGUUUUUGUUUUUCUUUCCUCUCUGCUUGCUGGAAAACUAGUUGACCUCAAUGAAAGACACUUUACCAAACAAACCAAGGAGUUACUUGUUAAAAAAAGACACAAAAUGUGAGCAUGAAAGACAGAAUUCCAAGUAAGGAACAGCAAAAAUAAAACAGGGCUGGACUUCGUGGCAUGGCAUCUCUGACACUGGCAAGACAUUUGAUGCGAUCCAGGUCAGUGGUCUGAAAAAUAAAGCUCUGUUUUGCUGGAACUACUAAGAAUCGAACAGCCUGCGAUGUUGCUGGAGAAUUAUUUGGAUCCGACAGGAAGCAAAAAUCAAACGCCCACCUGAGCUGGACUGUCAGACCCUCACUGUGACAGCGGCUUGGAUGAAGGGCUAAAAAACACAGAACCCCUGUAACAGCAGGCUAUGUGACAGGCAAGCUCCUCAAGUCAUGCCAAGUUCCAGCUCCAGUUCCAGCUCCAGUUCCAGCCCUGGCAUCUUUCUCAGUUCUUUUUCAUCUAGCUUUCAUUGUAUAGUGUCUUAAACUGUCUCCGGUGCUUAUUUAUUGUAUAUGUGU